AUAGCACUACUUGAAAUAUUGCAUACUUGAAAUAUUGCAUACUGGAAAUAUUGCAUACUUGAAAUAUUGCAUAGUGGCCUGAGUUUCUGGUUCAGAUGCUGCACUUUCACCACGGUAUGCUUCACUGCAGGCGGAGUUUGAGCUCCCAAUCUGACAGAGAGAAGAUGAUCCGGGGUUCACCCUGCGAUUCUUUCUCCACAGACGGUCACCAUUCCAAGUGUACUGAGAAAAUGAUGAUGACAUUGUGUCUAAUAAAUAUGCAAAACAAUACUGUUUACCUCGUAUCCAUCGGGGUU